AUGUCCGAACAUGAUGAACUCGUUGCUCUUGUCGUCGACAACGGAUCCGGAAUGUGCAAGGCCGGUUUCGCCGGAGAAGAUGCUCCACGUGCCGUCUUUCCAUCCAUCGUUGGACGCCCACGUCACCAAGGAAUCAUGAUCGGAAUCGGUCACAAGGAUUCGUACGUUGGAGACGAGGCGAAGAGAGGCAUCUUGACUCUCAAGUAUCCGAUCGAGCACGGAAUCAUCACCAACUGGGAUGACAUGGAGAAGAUCUGGCACCACACCUUCUACAAUGAGCUCCGUGUUGCUCCAGAAGACCAUGCAGUUCUCCUCACUGAAGCUCCACUCAACCCGAAGUCCAACCCUGAACGCAUGGCUAAGAUCAUGUUUGAAGGCUUCGAUGCUCCAGCCAUGUACGUCGCCAUCCAAGCUGUCCUCUCCCUCUACGCUUCUGGACGUAUCACCGGAAUCGUUCUUGACUCCGGAGAUGGUGUCACCCACACCGUUCCGGUUUACGAAGGAUACGCCCUCCCACACGCUAUCCGUCGUCUCGAUCUUGCUGGACGUGAUCUCACCGACUACUUCAUGAAGAUUCUCACCGAGCGUGGUUACUCGUUCACAACCACCGCCGAACGUGAAAUCGUCCGUGACAUCAAGGAGAAGCUCUGCUACGUCGCUCUCGAAUUCGACGUGGAGAUGGAGAAAGCGGCUCGUUCAACAUCCCUCGAGAAGUCUUACGAGCUUCCUGAUGGUCAGCUCAUCACCAUCGGAAAUGAGCGUUUCCGCUGCCCAGAGGCUCUCUUCCAGGACCUUGGAAUCCAUGAGACCUGCGUCAACUCCAUCAAGGCGUGCGACAUCGAUAUCCGCAGAGACUUGGACGCCAACAUCGUGCUUUCUGGAGAAACGACAAUGUUCAAAAACAUAGAAAAUCGUAUCGAGAAAGAAGUGAAAUCCCUCGUCCCUUCAUCAACAAAGGUGAAAGUCAUCGCCACCGCUGAACGGAAAUACUCCGUAUGGUGCGGAGGGUCGAUUUUGUCCUCACUGACUUCCUUUGAUUCAAUGUGGAUCAGCCGGGAAGAAUAUGAGGAAACCGGACCCUCCAUCGUCCAUCGGAAGUGCUUUUGA